AUGUCGUCCAUUGAUUUCCCUGCCGAGGAGGAGGUUAUCCUCCAGAGAUGGAGGGAAAUCGACGCCUUCAAGAGGCAAGUUGAGCUCUCCAAAGGCCGUGAACCAUACACCUUCUUCGACGGUCCGCCUUUCGCUACCGGUCUCCCCCAUUACGGUCACUUGUUGGCCUCGACUAUCAAGGAUAUCAUUCCUCGGUAUUGGUCUAUGAAGGGCCACUAUGUCGAGAGACGUUUCGGCUGGGACACGCACGGUGUGCCCAUUGAGUACGAGAUCGACAAGAAGUUGGGCAUGUCGGGUCUGGAGGCCGUGGAGAAAUUGGGAAUUGAGAAGUAUAACGAAGAGUGCCGUGCCAUUGUCAUGAGAUUCGCUUCCGAAUGGCGUGAAACUAUUGAGCGUCUUGGUCGCUGGAUCGAUUUCGACAAUGACUAUAAGACUAUGAACCCAUCUUUCAUGGAGUCGGUCUGGUGGGUCUUCAAGCAGCUGUUUGACAAAGGCCUUGUCUACAGAGGUUACCGCGUGAUGCCUUAUUCGACCGCUCUCAACACUCCCCUGAGUAACUUUGAAGCCCAACAAAACUACAAGGACGUUCAGGAUCCUGCCGUUGUCGUCACAUUCCCUCUGGUGAAUGAUCCCGAGACGUGUUUGCUGGCAUGGACCACCACUCCUUGGACCCUGCCUAUGAACACUGCACUUGCGGUCAACCCCAACUUCGAGUACAUCAAGAUUCUCGACGAAGCCUCCGGCAAACACUACAUCAUCCUCGAGUCCCUUCUUCGCACCCUUUACAAGGACCCCAAGAAGGCCAAGUUCAAGAUUGUCGAUAGACUCAAAGGAUCUGCCAUGAAAGACUGGAAGUACGAGCCUCUUUUCAAGUACUUUUACGAGGAGUUCAAGGACUAUGGCUACCGUGUGCUGAACGCCGAGUAUGUCACGGCUGAAGACGGUACCGGUAUUGUCCAUCAGGCACCUGCUUUUGGUGAGGACGAUUACAAGGUUGGGCUCGAAGGAGGCGUUAUCUCUGAAACACGCCCACCGCCUAACCCCGUUGAUGACACGGGUUGCUAUACCGCCGAAGUUUCGGACUUCGUAGGCCAGCAUGUUAAGGCUGCGGAUAAAGCGAUUAUCAAGCAUCUCAAGGGCACUGGCCGUCUGAUUGUCGACAGCCAGAUUACUCACAGCUAUCCCUUCUGCUGGCGUUCCGACACUCCUCUGAUCUACCGUGCUGUCCCAGCUUGGUUCGUCAAGAUUGGACCUAUCAUCCCCAAGAUGCUCGAGGGCAUUGAAGAGUCGCACUGGGUGCCUUCAUUUGUCAAAGACAGACGGUUUGCCAGCUGGAUCCAGAACGCUCGCGACUGGAACAUCUCCCGAAACCGUUUCUGGGGUACUCCUCUUCCGUUGUGGGCCAGUGACGACUUCAAGGAAAUUGUGGCUGUUGGCAGUGUCGAGGAACUCAAACAACUCAGCGGCUAUGAGGGAGAGAUCACUGAUCUCCACCGUGACAAGGUCGAUAAGAUCACCAUCCCCAGCAAACAAGGCAACGGCGUCCUCCGUCGCGUGAGCGAAGUUUUCGACUGCUGGUUUGAGUCUGGUAGUAUGCCCUACGCUUCUCAGCACUAUCCGUUCGAGAACAAGGAGCAGUUCGAAAAGGGCUUCCCAGGUGACUUCAUCGCCGAGGGAUUGGACCAGACCCGCGGUUGGUUCUACACUUUGACUGUCCUGGGUACUCACCUGUUCGGCCGUUUGCCCUUCAAGAACUGUGUCGUGAACGGAAUUGUUCUCGCCGAGGAUGGAAAGAAGAUGUCUAAGAGACUGAAGAACUAUCCUGACCCUGCUUUGAUCAUGCAGAAGUAUGGUUCCGACGCUCUCCGUCUCUACUUGAUCAACUCCCCUGUUGUCCGCGCGGAGCCACUCAGAUUCAAGGAAUCGGGCGUCAAGGAGAUCGUUGCCAAGGUGCUCCUCCCUCUCUGGAACAGCUACAAGUUCUUUGAGGGCCAGGCAGCUCUCUUCAAGAAGAACAAUGGCAUCGACUAUGUGUUCGACCCCAAGGCGGAAGCUACCAACACCAACGUCAUGGAUCGCUGGAUCUUGGCUAGCUGCCAGAGUCUGCUUAAGUUCGUCAACGAGGAGAUGGCAGGUUACCGCCUGUACACCGUCGUGCCCAGGCUGCUUGAGUUGAUCGAUAACACUACCAACUGGUAUAUCAGAUUCAACCGCAAGCGUCUGAAGGGCGAGAACGGCGUCGAUGACACCCAGCAUGCCCUCAACACCCUCUUCGAAGUUCUCUUUACCCUGGUUCGUGGCCUUGCCCCCUUCACGCCCUUCAUUACCGACACCAUCUACCUCCGCCUUCUCCCCCAUAUUCCUGAGUCGUUGCGUUCGGAAGACAGCCGCAGCGUUCAUUUCCUUCCCUUCCCUGAGGUGCGGGAGGAGCUUUUUGACGAGGUUGUUGAGCGAAGAGUGGCCCGGAUGCAGAAGGUCAUUGAGAUGGCUCGUAUCUCUCGUGAACGUCGUUCGCUUGGAUUGAAGACUCCUCUGAAGACUCUCGUUGUCAUCCACAAAGACCAGCAAUACCUGGACGACGUGAAGUCGCUGGAGGGCUACAUCCUCGAGGAGAUCAACAUCCAGGAGCUUGUCCUGUCCACGGAUGAGGAGAAGUACAAUGUCCAGUACAGCGUUUCUGCUGACUGGCCCACUCUGGGCAAGAAGCUUAAGAAGGAUGCGCAGAAGGUUAAGAAGGCCCUGCCUUCCCUGACCAGCGAGGAUGUGAAGAAGUUCGUGGCCGACAAGAAGAUGCUUGUUGAUGGUAUCGAGCUCGUCGAAGGCGACCUCGUAGUGAAGCGGGGUCUGAAGGAGGACGAGUCAUCGAAGGACUUGGAGCCCAACACUGAUGCCGAUGUCCUGACUAUCUUGGAUGCGAGCAUCCAUCCGGAACUGGCCCAGCAAGGACUGGGUCGUGAGAUCGUCAACCGCCUGCAGCGUCUUCGUAAGAAGGCUGGCCUGGUGCCCACUGAUGACGUGAAGAUGGAGUAUGUUGUCCUUUCUGACCCAGACAACAUCGGUAUCAGUGAAGCUUUCGAGACGCAAUCCAAACUCAUUGAGAAGGCGGUGCGCCGGCCGGUUGAACGGUAUGAGGUGGCUGAUGGGAAGACCCCUAGCGGCGAGCAGGAAGGCCUCAUCAUGCAGGAGGAACAGGAAGUGCAGAAGGCGACUUUCCUGUUGCGUUUGCUGAAGCUUUAG